CAGCAGAUGGCGAUAAUGAGCGACAGCUCACUCGUACGCAUUAAAAAAGAGGGGAAAAAAGAGGCGAAAUAGAUCCAUUGACGGGCGGUUCAGUUGUUAUCAUUAACGGAUGUGUGGGAUGUGAUGUGGAUCAUAGAUUAAGCGCCACAUUAUUUUGUGCUAUGAAAGUGUAAAAACUUGAACGACUUCGGUUGUUCAGCUGCUUCGCAACAUGUCUGCAGUGACGCUGAGCAACUCUACCAGCAAGCUAAAUGUAUUGGUCAACAAACUUCAUGAAUACUUGGCUAAUUCCACUGAGGACAGCAGUGGCACAGCAAAAGUUGAGGAUGCUGAUGGUUUGACAAACAGGUGCUGUUCUACUUUGACAGAGGCUGGUGCUGAUGGCAAGUACUCGAGGCGAAAACCCUCAGUUGUCAUGAAGCACUCUGGAUUGGAUGAAUCCGGGGACUCAAAUGCAAGUGAGGACUUGGUUCUUGGACCAGUUAAUGCAAAUGGUCACCUUGAUAUCACUAGAUUGCCUAAAGGCACUGUGCUGGUCAGGCCUGAAGCAGUCGACAAUGGCAGAGAUGAUUUCAGGGGCCCGGAGUUUCGCAGCCGGAAAUCAAGCGUAAUGCGGAAAGAGUUUUCAAGAAGACGUGGAGGCACAAAUGCUCAAUCUUGCUACAACUAUUACUCAAGUGAUGACAUCAGCAAGGAUUGUGACGGGAUGGAUGAGCAGUGCAGGUGGUGUGCUGAAGGAGGCAACUUGAUCUGCUGCGAUUUCUGUAGCAAUGCUUUCUGUAAGAAGUGCAUUUUAAGAAAUUUGGGAAGGAAGGAACUGUCGGGCAUCUUGGAGAGCAAAUGGUACUGCUAUGUGUGUAGCCCAGAACCUCUUUUUGACCUGGUCAUGGCUUGUGACAGUGUCCUUGAGAACAUGGAACGUUUGUGGCAACAGCAGCGCAAGAGGAAUCGAGUCGAUCCGGGGAAAUCUGAGAUUUUCAACAUUUUACCACACUCACCUCAAAACAUUUCUCUGGAUAAAUGGGAUCACACUGGUAUGGAUGGAAAUGUGAUGUUCAACUACAGCAUGCUGCAGGUUUCCAAGGACAUUACCAAAAAGGCCAAACAUUUAGUGGACUCAACAAAUACCUUAAACCAAACUUUUGUCAAUUUCAUUCAUAGUGUGACACAAAACAAACCAACACCUGGUGUUCGCACUAGGUACCUGAAGUCAUUUUUGGAAGUAGUUAAAGGCUUGAGAAAAUCCCUAGCAGGACUGGAGGAUAGCCUUAAGGAAGAAUUCAGUGAUUUGGAUGUAUCGAGCAAUUGGGAAAAACUGCUUAGUGACCACUUUGAUGGACUUGUAACAGAAGCAGAAAUGGAGAUAGACAUACCUGAUGACAGGUGCUUGAGUGACUUGCAGAAAUUGGCAGCUGAACAUUUAGAAGAUAACGACUCUGACUCCAAGGGCUUUGCAGAUGGGAGUCUACAAGACUGUCCGGGCAAGGAGAUGGUUUCAGGUUCACAUAAAGCCAGACAGAGAGCACAAAAGAUUGGCCUGAAAUCUACUGAAAGCGGCGUUGACAUGACUAAAAAACUAGUAGUACAACUUACACCUGUAGCUAUGGAGCAGGAGCCAUCAUCUGCGCCCCCCAAAACCGAGGAGGGAAAGAAAGAUAAGAAGUCAAAGGAAAAACAUGUAUCAGAAGAUGAAGAAACAAGUGGUAGCAAGAUGAGCAAUGACAACUCCAGUGCAUCUCUGUAUCUAGAAGAAGAACAGGGCAAUAGACGUUCUCCUCGGGUGAAGACAACCCCUUUGCGCCGACCAAGUGAUGUGAAAACCAAAACAUCUCUCUCAGUAGGAGACAGUGACAGCGACUCUGACACUGAAGAGGCCCCCAACACGGUGCCUGCUAAAACAACUGAAGAGCAGAGUCUGAGCAGGACAAGAGACGACUCUGAUUCAGAUGAAGUCCCUGCUGCUCUGCUUGAGCGUGCAGCGAUGACACAAAGUUCUGAUGAACCCCGGAGUGAUGAAGAUGGUGGUAAAGCGUCGCCAAAUAAAGUGGCGAAAAAAUGUCUCUUCUGGCUUAAUAAGAACACUCCAAUCUCACCAGAGAAUAUUAGGCGGAAACGCAAGAUACUGGAUCGCACCCCUGAGGCCGACUCAACUAACAGAAGAGUCAAAGCUCGCGGUGAAAGUGGGACGGACUCCUCUAGCGACGAGCAAGACUCGCAAAAGAAAAUAAAACACUUAAAUACGCUGAGGUCAAUAGGGAAGCCUCAUCUUGUCAAGAGAGGAGAGGAGGGUGUGGCUAGAAAGCGGAGUAGGAUACAAGGUGAGGACGCUAAGACUAAAUCUCGUCAGGAAGCAAUGGAUUCAUCGACCUCAUCAAGUGAAGAAGAACAUGACGAUGACUCUGGGAGCGAUGGAAGUGAUCAGAAGAUGAAGCCAAUCACAGAAGAUGUGGCCUUAUUAGGAGCAGCUGCAUUCCACCAAUCGUCAGGAGAUGAGGAGCAGUCUGGGCCCUCAUGGGCAGCAGAAGAUGACGAUGAUCCAGAAAAUAGAAUCGCUAAGAAAUUGCUAUUGGCCCAAAUUAAAUCCAACUACUCCUCGGGUGAUGAUAUCUCUUCAGAUGAAGAAACACAGGAGGAUGAAUCUGAUUCACUGAGUGACAAGGAGAUCAAACGAGGCAAUGACGGUAGUGGAACAGAUGAAGAUGGGGAAGACUUUACCGAAGAUUCAUCUGACUACUACUCUGAUGGGCCCAUCUCCAGGCACCACCUCCUCCGUCACAAACUUAUCUUAGAUGAGGGAACAUCAAGUAACAAGGAUGCACCAAAGAGCAAAGAUGGAAAACGGGAGCGCAAAAGAGGAGCCAGGAAAGAAAAUCAGAGCUCCAACAGUGAAAGUGAGGCCGACAGCGAUGAGCUGGAUGAAGAUGCUGGGAUGAGUGAGGAGCUGAGCGAGUCGGGUGACGAGGCUGGUGAAGACAAGCUCAAAAAAGCAAACACAAAGGUGAAUGAUGAGCUUCAUGGUUACGAAAAGAAAACGCAAGUGGCUUACAUUUUGUUGUCAGACUCCAGCAGUGAAAAGACCGAUCAAGAGGAUGCACCUGAGGAGGCCCGCGAAAAUAAAGUCACCCCGAAAGGACGCAAAAGGAUUCGCAGAAUAAUUGAAGAUGAAAACCUUCGUGCUGAGACUCAGGAAGCCCUGAGAGAGGAGGAGGAGAGAUGCAAACGUUUGGCAAAUAGGGAACAACAGAUGGAAGACAGGAGAGAGAUCAUUGUCAUAGAGGAUGAGCUGUCUCAAGUGGCGUGUCCCGUCACAACCAAGCUGAUCCUGGAUCAGGAUGAGGAGACCAAGAAGCCUCUCGUUCAGGUGCACAGGAACCUGGUCACAAUAUUGAAGCCUCACCAGGUGGACGGCGUCCAGUUUAUUUGGGAUAGUUGUUGUGAGUCUGUGAAGAAGGCCAACUCCACUCCUGGAUCAGGCUGUGUACUGGCACACUGCAUGGGCCUCGGAAAGACUCUGCAGGUGGUGACGUUCCUCCACACAGUGUUGCUGUCCACAGAACUGAAAUUUAGAACUGCUUUGGUUGUGUGUCCGCUUAAUACCAUCCUCAACUGGGUCAGUGAGUUCAGGAAAUGGCAAAACAACAUGGGGGAAGAUAAAGUCAAGGUGAUAGAACUGGCUACAAUGAAGCAUAACUUGGGUCGACUCAGAGCUCUGCAGAGGUGGCAGAGAGACGGAGGUGUGAUGAUAAUGGGGUAUGACAUGUACCGCAUCCUGUCAUUAGACUGUAAAAUCAACAACGACGAGUGGAAGGAGGAGUUUUAUCGCACACUUGUGGAUCCAGGUCCCGACUUUGUGGUUUGUGACGAGGGGCACAUCCUGCGUAAUGAUGGCUCUAAUAUCUCCAAAGCUAUGAAUGCCAUCAAAACUCAAAGAAGAGUGGUGCUGACUGGCACGCCACUGCAGAACAACCUCGUUGAGUACCACUGCAUGGUCAAUUUCAUCAAGAAGAACCUUCUGGGCUCACUGGGCGAAUUCAGGAACCGCUUCAUCAACCCCAUAGAGAACGGCCAGUGCGCUGACUCCACCCCGAAAGAUGUCCGAAUCAUGAAGAAGCGAGCACAUGUACUGCAUUCAGUGCUAGGCGGAUGCAUACAGAGAAGAGAUUACUCGGAGCUUCGACAGUUUCUGCCUCCGAAGUAUGAGUACGUGCUGGCAGUGAGGGUUUCCCCACUUCAGUAUAAUCUAUACCGAUACUACCUUGACCAUUUCACAGGUGUAAGCUCCUUACAUAACAGCAAAAAGAUGAGGCCUGGAGCAAACCUGUUCAAGGACUUUCAGGUCCUUGGCCGAAUUUGGACUCAUCCAUGGUGCCUUCAGCUCAGCUACCUGAGCAAAUCAAAAAAGAAGAGUAAAGGUAAAGCAGCAGAUCUGCCCAAGGAUGCAGAGACCCCUAUGACUGAGGCUGAGAGCUGGUGUGAAGGAAUGAAAGAGAACGAAGGACAAGAAGGGAAUAACACUCACAACAGCACACCAAUUAUUGAUGAUGUCAAAGUUGUCUGUGCAGUGGAAGCAGUAGAGAACGCACCCAUCAGCUUGAAGCCUCCGAGUCCCGAUGAGCGCUGGUACAAGGAUCUUCUCUCUGAAAGAGAUGCCAAAAUCCUGGAGCACUCAGGGAAGAUGGUGCUCUUGUUUGAGAUCCUGAGAAUGGCUGAAGAACUGGAGGAUAAAGUGAUUGUGUUCAGUCAGUCACUGAUCUCAUUACACCUGAUUGAGGAUUUUCUUGCGGAUUCUCACCGUGCCAGAGACCCAUCAGCAUUCAAAGCAGGCAGCUGGGUUAAAAAUGUUGAUUAUUACCGCUUCGAUGGUUCCACCAGUGCCACACUGAGGAAGAAGUGGGCAGAUGAGUUUAACAAUCCUGUAAAUGUCCGCGGCCGAUUGUUCCUCAUCUCAACAAAAGCCGGCUCACUUGGCAUCAACCUGGUGGCUGCUAACAGGGUGAUCAUCUUUGAUGCCUCAUGGAAUCCUUCAUAUGACAUCCAGAGCAUUUACAGAGUGUACCGCUUUGGUCAGCUGAAACAAGUGUUUGUGUACCGCUUCUUGGCCCAGGGCACCAUGGAGGAGAAAAUCUACGAUCGGCAGGUGACCAAGCAGUCGCUUUCCUUCCGAGUAGUAGAUCAGCAGCAGAUUGAGAGACACUUCACCUUUCAUGAGCUGACUGAACUUUACACAUUCGAGCCAGACCUGCUCAACGAUCCAAACUCUAAGAAAAGCAAAAGACCGGCUUCUGUGUUGCCAAUGGAUACGGUUCUGGCACAGCUGUUAGAAGACUGCAAAGACCACAUAGUGACUUACCAUGAGCACGAAUCCCUGCUGGACCAUAAACAAGACGAGGAGCUCAGUGAGGCAGAACGGAAAGCUGCUUGGGAUGAGUAUGAAGCUGAGUCACACCCAGCCAGUGUUCCAGAGACCUCUCACCAAGAUGAUUUGGAUUUAAAAACCAAUGAGCAGCUAUUGGAACUGCUUAACAAAAGCAGAACAACUGUUUCAGUGACCUUCGCGGCACUGCAGAAAAUGAGGAUUCGCACUGUUGAGGAAUACAUGUUUCUAAUGCGGCAGCAGUACGCCCAGUUGCCUGAGGCCGAGGUAAAGAGCAAAGCUGAGGUCUGGAGACAAUACGAUCUGAAGAAGCAGGAACAUUUAUAUGCUUUUUAUCGAGACGCUCUUGGACAGCAACAAACACUCACAUUCAGAAUACAAAGCAUACUGAACAGUCGAAGAAAUGAUGCGACUCAGAUGACUGUGAAGCAGCCUGGACAGACUUGAGCAAGAAAAUUAUCUUUGUAGGAGGAGAAAGUUGUAGUUUUUGUUUUAUUACUUAUUUCCUCCAGAAGAUUGAAUGUUUUACAAGAGUAGUUUGCACUGAGCUUCCAAAGUUGUUUAAACGUAAACAACAGGCCAGCGGUGUCACUUUGGUUUAGCACUUUUUCAGCCUUUUCACAGGAAACAUUAUCAUGUAGUUGUUCAGUUGCUUGGCUGUUUCGCUGCUACCAAAAGCUAACUGGUGAACACUGGUAUGUGCCUUAAUCCUUGACCUGUUGAUUAACUCUUCUAAUAUUUUUCUAUAUUAAAUUAAAGUCAUAUAGUAGACACUUACUUUUUUCAUGCUUUAAAGUGCACCUUUUAUAUUUUCCUUAUCUCCUGUCACAUGUUGAUGGUAUUGAUCAUUAAAUAUGACUUUUCAAAUAA